AUGGCUGAAGGUUCUCUAUUCGAAAUUUUAUCUUGGUCCAAGUAAAUUUAGGAAUCAACAUACAAUUUAAUUAUUGAAAUCUUAAAAAGAGAGAAUAUUUCUGAUUGCUAAGGAUUUCUUUAAGAAAAAUGUAAUCAAUGGCUCCUUUAAUAAUAUAUUGAGAAAGAAAAUUUAUCCCAUAUUGAAAAGUAAGAGAGAUUGAAGAAUAUAGAAAAAAAUAUUGGAAUACUUUUAAAUAUCCUAAAAAAUAUUUAAAAGCUGGAUUUCAAUAACAAGAAUUAUUCUAUAAAAGAAAAUAUAAAACAAUAAAAGAAAAUAAUAUCAGACAUAUACGGAAUACACUCAAUAGUUGAAUUGUUAAAAUUUUUCGUCCGUCUAACAGCUACGGAUAGCAAAUUUAUUUAAUGUGGAUCCAAUUCACUAAAUUUACUAAUAAAUAUGAACAUCGAUUUGAAAGAAUAAAACUUUGAAUAUAUAAAGAUUAAAAAUACUUCUUUAAUUGGAGCUAAUUUUGUAAGAUGCAAUUUAAGUGGAUCAGAAUUUAAUAAUGUUAAUAUAAGUGGAAUCAAUUUGAAUGGAGCAUAAUUAUUUUAUUGCAAAUGGAAAAAUAUUGAAAUAGAUUAAUUAUAGUUAGUAAAUGGUCAUACCAGAAAAGUUAUUAAAGUUUGCUUUUCUCCUGAUGGCACUAAGUUAAUAUCUGGAGAUUGUGGCACAAAUGUUAAUUUAUUGGAUAUGAAAACAGGAAAGAUAAAAUCUUUUCUAAGAAAGUAACGCUUUGCAAUAGCAAUUUGCUUAUCACCUGAUUGUAAAAUAUUAGCAUCAUGCGGUAAUUCAUAUGUGAAUUUCUGGAAUCUUACAACAGGGAGAAAAAUAUCAACAUUAAAUUGUUUUACUGGAGAGAUCUAGUCAGCAUGCUUUUCUCCUGAUGGCACUAUAUUAGCAUUAGGGAGUUUUGCUAAUACUAUUUGGUUAUGGGAUGUUAAAAUACGAAAAAAACAAUCUUUAUUUACUGCUCAUAAUGGUCGUGUUUCUUCAAUUUGCUUUUCUCCUAAUGGCAAUACUUUAGCAUCUGGAAGUCAUGAUUAAACUAUUCGCUUUUGGGAUAUUGAAACAGGACAAAAAAAAUCUUAAUUAAAUAAUAGUCAUAGAGUUUAUUCAAUUUGCUUUUCUCCCGAUGGCACUACAUUAGCCUCUAGGAAUGAGGGUACUCUUCUUUUAUUGAAUAUUGAGACAGGACAACAAAAGUCUUUAAUAAAACUUGAUUAUCAUUAUGAAUGUUCAUUUUGCUUUUCUCCUGAUGGUAAUACAUUAGCAUCUGGGGGUUCUGAUACUAUUGGUUUAUGGGAUGUUAAAACAGGACAGCUAAAAUCAUAAUUAGAAGGUCAUAAUGGUUGUGUUUAUUCAAUUUGCUUUUCUCCUGAUGCUACCAUAUUAGCAUAUGGUGUAGAAAAGUAAUAUCGGUUCUAUGAAUAUGAUUGGUAAGAUUAACAGAAGGGAAAUAAUUCUAUACGGUUAUGGGAUAUUAAAACAAUACAACAAAAAUCUUAAUUAAUAGACUAACCUCGAGUGGUUUAUUCAGUAAGCUUUUCUCCUGAUGGUACAACUUUAGCAUCUUUGAGUUAUAAAACAAUUUUUUUAUGGGAUGUAAAAACAGGGAAAUAAAAAUCAAACUUCCCUCUUUCUGAUGAUGAUGUUCCCUUUAUAAUAUGCUUUUCUCCUAAUGGUACUGAAAUAACAUCAUGUAGUAAAUCCAGAAUUCAUUUUUUUGAUGUUAGAACAGGAGAAGUAAAAUAUAGAUGUACUUAUAAUGAGGAGAAUCCAAUUUGCAUUUCUCCUCAGGGUACAACAUUAGCAUAAGUGUAUUGGGAUAAUUCAAUUAUUUUAAAAGAAUUGAAAACAGGAAAAGAAAUAUCUAAUUUGAUUGGUCAUAAGGAAAAAGUUACAUCUUUGUGUUUUUCUCCUGAUGGUAAAAAAUUAGCUUCUGGUAGUGAAGAUAAUACUAUUCGUUUUUGGGCAAUUAAAAAUCAAAAACAAAAAUCAAUAUUAAAUGGUCAUACUGGUUCUGUGAUAUCAAUAUGUUUUUCCCCUAAUGGCAUAAAAUUAGCCUCUGGUAGUAAAGAUAAUUCGAUUUGCUUAUGGGAUGUUAAAACAGGACAACAAAGAUUUUAAUUAAAUGGUCAUACAAAAGUAGUUAAGUCAGUAUGUUUUUCUCCAGAUGGUUAUACAUUAGCAUCUGGGAGUUUUGAUCAAACUAUUCGUUUAUGGAAUGUUGAAACAGGACAAAAAAGAUUUUAAUUAAAUGGUCAUAGUAAAGAAGUUACAUCUCUAUGUUUUUCUCCAGAUGGCACCAUUUUAGCAUCUGGGAGUUUUGAUGAAACUGUUCGUUUAUGGGAAAUUGAACCACAAUAAAAAUCUUAAUUAAAUGGACAUAUUAAAGAGGUAACAUCAAUUUGCUUUUCUUCUGAUGGAACUAUAUUAGCAUCUGGUAGUUAAGAUAACUCGAUUCUUUUUUGGGAUAUUAAAACAGGACACCAAAUAUUUCAGGUAAAUGGUCAUGAUAGUUCUGUGAAUUCGAUAUGCUUUUCUCCUGAUGACGCCACAUUAGCAUCAGGUAGUAAUGAUAAAACGAUUCGUUUAUGGGAAGUUAAAACAGGAAAACAAAAGCUAUAAUUAAAUGGUCAUACUAGAACAGUUAUGUAGGUUUGUUUUUCUCCUGAUGGUGCUAAAUUAGCAUCUUGUAGUGGAGAUAAAACUAUUCGUUUAUGGGAUGUUAAUAAAGGAUAACAAAUAUCAAUAUUAAAUGGUCAUAGUACUUAUGUUGCAUCGAUAUGCUUUUCAUCUGAUAAUACUUUAUUGGCAUCAGGUAGCGGAGAUAAAUUGAUUUUGCUAUGGAAUGCUAAAACUGGACAACAAAUAUCUUUAUUAAAAGGUCAUACCGGUGGAGUUUUUUCUGUAUGCUUUUCUCCUGAUGGCAUCACGUUAGCAUCAGGAGGAGAAGACAAUUCUAUUAGGUUUUGGGAUCUCAAAACAGGACUAUAAAAAAUGUAAUUCAAUGGCCACAGUGAUUGUGUUACUUCAAUAUGCUUUUCUCCUGAUGGUACUACAUUGGCAUCUGGAAGUUAAGAUAAUUCUAUUCGUUUAACGAAUGCUAAAACAGGAUAACAAAAUUCUUAAUUUAAUGGACAUAGCAAUUGGAUUUCAUCAGUAUGCUUUUCUCCUGAAGGCACUACAUUAGCAACAGGUAGCAAAGACAACUCUAUUCGUUUAUGGAAUGUAAAAAUAAGAUAAUAAAUAUCUUAAUUAAAUGCUCCUACUUGUAGCGUUUAAUCCGUAUGCUUAUUACCUGAUGGUACUACAUUAGCAUCCAGUAAUUAUGAGUAAGGUAUUUGUUUAUGGGAUUUUACAAAACACCAACAAAUAAAAGAUUCAGAUAAAUCAUUUAAUGAACUGUUAGGUAAAUAUAAAACAUUACUUUAAAAUAAUUCUCUACCAAUGUUUUAGUAGUGUGGUAUACAUAUUUAUUAUUUUUAGCUUAUCCAAUUACAAUAACUCUGUUAUCAUAAAAACUUUCUUUUAUAGCAGAAAGUGCUAUGAUGUUAAGAGGAGAAUUCAUAAAUCAUCGAUAAAUGGAUUUAAGAACGCUAUUUGAAUAGAAGGGAGGGAUUUUUUUGGAAAAGAAACUAUAAACAACUUUAUAAAAUUGA